UAUGUACAAUCUGCAUAAAAAGAUAAAACUGAAAAUAAAAAGGCUACUUUUGGUUUUAUGACAACAGUUUUGCAAAGGAAUAUAAAGACUGUAAUUUGGAGGAUGAUGAGCACUAUGUUACCAGAAUAAACAGUUCAAACACAAAAUGAGGACACCAGUUAAACCAGUUUGUCUUUGACAUUAAUUUGUGUUUCACCAACUCUAACUUUUGAUAGCCAUAUAAAAAGGAUUAUACUUAUGUAGUGCGAUUUUGUAUCUGCCACUGCACUGUAUUUUAUUUAGUUUCAAAAAUUGAAUAAAUGCAUAUUUUUUUAGGUCCUGUAAGGACACCAAGCGUCUGACAUGGGCCCUUCUCGGAUGGCUGGGUGAAAGUUCCCAGUUAUUUCUACAGCCACACUACCACCUAAAUAAACAGCCCUCUCACUGUGCAUCUGCAUUCACACAGACCAGUUCAGUGGUCUGCCCCAAGCCCAUAGACCCACAUCAAAUACUGUCGUUGUUACGCCUUCACUUUUUUGCUUGUGCUUAGACAGCUGACUUCCAGGAAUUUGAGAGAUCUUUUUUACUUGAAUUUUAUGUUUGAAAUGUACCAUGCAGAUAGAUGUCCACAAUGUUUUACACAAUUACGAUUCAGUUUUGUGCCUCCAGACUGAUGUGCAUCACAACAGAGAAAGACAUGCAAAAUUAAUUCAUUAAUGUCCUGAUACUGUUAGAGUCACCUUUUCUAUAAUUGCAGGGAUAAGAAAAAUUGAAAAGCCGAAAUGUUGUCAUGUAGUUAUGUAAUAAAUAAUCACAGAGUCCCUUCCUUGAGAUCUCAAACAUCACAUGACAAAGCUUCAAGGGCUCCAUCCUGUCAGGUUGUCAUGGGAACCAUGUAUCCCUCCCCACUCUGCUUCAUAGUCCCUCAGGAAAAAGCUGUGCACCUCUGAUUCCCCGGUGCAACGGAUGCAAACAAAACCAAUCUCUCCCAACCUGUUAGAUAAUAUCCGUGUGGGAAACCUGCAGCUGUGAAAUGGGUGAGGGAGCAGACGGCAGCCUGUGACAUCUCUUUAAACAAACUGCAGUGCUCUCGGAUGUGUGUGGAGGCAGAGAAAGGGAACAAACACAUCUCAUUUAGAUUAAUGAGAGGCUGUGCGCUUGGCCGACGAAUGUUAUGAUCACGCUGUUUGAGGAGUGGCUCUACUUACCGGAUGAACAAUAUAAUUUCACCAAGGUGGUGUGUUCAGGUCUCUUAUUAUUCCAGCCGCUGUACGAUAUUAAAAUUCCCACACAUUUAAUUCGGUAAAUACAGGGUUUGCAAAUGUAGGCAGCUGAGGACACACCCUAGAAUAGAUGAUAUAGGCCUCAAAUGGACUUCACCUGCUUUAAAACAUCAGCAAUUUCACUAUAUGAACUGCUUAUGUUGUGUUUUCGGGUUAUUUUGUUGUUCAUUUUAAUUGCUUGUUUACUUGAAUCCAUUUGAUCACAGGGUAAAAGUGCAAAGGCCAAGUGUUUGCAUGAGUGUACUUUAUGUUGUGAGUGCAGAGUUGUGUCCAUGUUGAGCCUCGGUGAGUUUUAGUCCUCGGUUCACCUGCAGGAGGAGCUGUGGCUCACCGCAGCCUCUCCGGAGCAGAAGAGAAAGAUCCCUCUUUUUCUCCUUCAGUGGCAUGAAUAAUAUCCCCAGUGCUGGAGAGAGAGUAUAUCAAGAGGCAAACGGGAAGGGGAGAGAGAUAGCAGCCAGUGUGACAGAUAAGAGCGUGGCAGAACUUGUCUCCCUGACUACACCGUGGGGGCCGGGGGAAAAGAGAGAGCAAGUGCACCAGAGUGUCAGGCAAGGCUUCUGCCUGCACACACACAAACACACUCUCUCUCUCUCUCUCUCUCUCUCUCUCUCACACACACACACACACACACACUCACACAUACAGACCCCCUAAGCCUGGCUGCACCAGAAGAAGUUCAGAGAGGAGACUGACCUCAAGAAGGUACAGUAUGUGUGUGCGUCUCAUAUCUCCUGCAGCUGUGUGUCAACCCUCCCAACCUCUUUACAUCAGAAACAUCACUGGCAAAUCAGCUGUGUUGUGCUCACUUGAUGCUCCACUUUGUUUUCCAGGUGGAAGUUCCCGUGCGUGGAUUUCGCUCGAGUGUUAUGGCUUUCCUCAAACUGAGGUUUCUCGUCCUGUAGAGGAGUUGUGUCCGUUCCCCUCUGAAAGAACUUGUCUUGUGUCACCAGCCUGAAAGAGGAUGGAGAUGCUGUCGGGAAAAGACAAGGAGCUGAUACGAGGCAGCUGGGAGAGCCUGGGAAAAAACAAAGUUCCUCAUGGUGUCAUCAUGUUUUCCAGACUGUUUGAGCUGGACCCCGCGCUCCUCAGUCUUUUCCACUACAGUACAAACUGUGGCUCCACACAAGACUGCCUCUCCAGCCCCGAGUUCCUGGAACAUGUCACCAAGGUGAUGCUUGUGAUUGAUGCAGCAGUCAGCCACCUGGAUGACCUUCACUCCUUGGAGGACUUUCUGCUCAACCUUGGCAGGAAGCAUCAGGCAGUGGGAGUCAACACACAGUCAUUUGCAGUGGUGGGUGAGUCCCUCCUCUACAUGCUGCAGUGCAGUCUGGGCCAGGCCUACACAGCGCCGCUGCGUCAAGCCUGGCUCAACAUGUACAGCAUCGUGGUGGCGGCCAUGAGUAGAGGGUGGGCCAAGAAUGGCGAGGACAAGGCCGACUGAGGCGCACAGCGGGAGCUGCUGAGCAGUUGCUGUCAAAUCACUCAACAUGGUUGCCAUGGAGUAAGGUUGUGUAACUUGCAGCGCUGUGGCUUUGGCUGCUGUACAUUUGCUCUGUGAGUGGGGUCGCAUAGCGUAGCGAGCGUACAGUGUGGUUACACUUUACAGUUGGACUGGCCAAUUGCAGAGUUUAUUUUCUUUGCCGUGGAUGUUUAGCUAUGAGGUGAUGCUGUGAGGAUCUGAGCCAGCCUGGUUUGGUUGCUCUGAGUUUGGACCUGUAACCUGAGCUCCUCAUGCUGAGAGCAGUUUAGUCUCUUUGUAUAUAAUGGCUUUGAUAUAUAUACUCAAAUGAUACCAGUGACUGUAGUAGUCUUUGUGAUGUAUCUUAAAAAGAGUUGCACAAUUGUGACAGUAGAUAUUAUAUUUAGGCAUCACACUACUCAAACUGUGAUGGUUACUGUGGCCAGCACGGCAGCUCUCUAUCUAACUGGAACACAGUGAUACUUAACAAUACAUGUUUAGGGACAAAGCAAUGUGAUCUUUCUGAAGAAAAUCCUUAAUCACAAUCAUUACUGUGUUUUUUUUUUUAAUUAAGAUUGCACAUCAUUACACCUCUUUUUGUGUAUGACUAACCUGUUGUUUAACCUGUUGAUGAAAAGCAAAGCAAAUUUUUUAAAAAAGAUCUUCAGUAGAUACUGACAAGAACUGUUAUUCUUAUUAUAGCUUUCUUCAGUGAUCUAUGACUGUUAAGGCGUCUAUGUGCACCUUUCUCGACAUGGUAUGUGAUGCUCUCUCCUGUAGAGGUUGUGAGUAUUUCAAUAGGCUUCAGCUGACUGUUAAACUCUAACUAAUAGACUGUUAUGUGACCUUUAGAGUUUAAUAGUAAAGGGCACCUAGGAGGAAUUAUAACAUCUUUGUUCCUGAGCUAUCAGUUUCCAGUCAUUGUUAGUGUAAAGCAGUUUUGUUGUACUGUAGUCGCUUAUCUCAGUGAUGAUUAUUAACUGUGUUGUCAUGGCUACAAGCGUAGUAGUAUCACCUUGGCUUUAGAGGUGAAGACACAAGCAGAGUGGCCUUUGUUUCUCCAACACAGAGCAUCUACAUGGAAGUGAAGCUGGAGGUGAAUAUUUGUUUUGAAUUAUGAAACAAAGACUUAAUUGAUUUUCUUCUUAAUUUAUCAACACAGAACACAUAAUACAGAGAAACUGUGUGCUGACACCAUCCAAUAUGUGUGUGUAUUAUUAUUGCUGCCAUAACACUGUAUGUAUCACCCUCAGCUGUUAUUUACAUUCAUGGUCGUUAUGCCAAGUAACUUAGCAACAGUGCGCCAAGUAUUAGAUAAUAACACCAUACAACUGUAAAUCCAAGCUGCUGAUAUGUGGUUAUUAUCGCUUUAGUCUGAGUUUACAUUUAUAAAGUUUAUUUUUAUAUUCUGAAAUGUAUGUGUAGUUAAAGAGCAUUGAUUUUUUUUUUCUGAUGUACAGUAUAUCCUACCGAAAUAUAACCAUGUGUAAUCCCGUUUAUAAACCCAAAACAAGAAAACUAAUAAGAAAAAUUUGCUGUUUUUAAGCGGGUUUCAUUUAAUCAAUAUAAUAGAAAUAUUAUUAUAUAAACUAAAUGUGCAGUCCUUACAGAUGAUUAUAAAAGCAGAGUUUUUUAUUGAACUAUUUUAUUCCAACAUUGUCUGUUCAGUCUGUAUUUUCCAGCCCACAGGUGUAAUGUUUGUUAACUGACUGUGUAGGUGGUGUGUUAUUUAUAGUGAUUCUUUUCUUAGUAUCAGUACACAGCCCUAUGCAGGUUGUUGUUCUCUAUGUCUCUAUUUUCAAUUUACCUGACAUUAGGUCCUUUUAGCAGGCAUGACUGACAACUGGCAUGUUAUCCUGUUAACAUCCAGCUCUGUACAUACUGAGUGUGUCACUGUCUACCUCAUCAUUAUCAGCUGCUACUGAACAGCCAUGACUUCACCUAGUUAUCCUUCAACCAAAAAAAGAGAAAAAAAUGCACAUUAUUAAGGUUAACACAAGUACGCACUCUUUGUAAACUGGAUUCCAUCCUACACUUUGAAGAAAAAACAUGCUGUGUGCUUACUUGAGACUAAAUAAAGUGAUCUGUGGAUAUUUUACUGCUAAA